AUGCCAAAGUACCACGAUUUCGACUACCUCUUCGCCUUCUCCAUGAUCGGUGCCUUUGUCACCUCGUGGGGAAUUGGUGCCAACGAUGUGGCCAACUCGUUCGCCACCAGCGUCUCGUCCAAGAGUCUGACGUUCCGUCAGGCGAUGCUGGCCGCCGCCGUCUGCGAGUUCCUGGGCGCGGUGCUGGUCGGCGCCCGAGUCGCCUCGACGAUCAAGAACGACAUCAUCGACCUCGAUGUCUUCAACGGCAACGCCGCCGUCGCCAUGCUCGGCUUCACCUGCGCCAUCAUCGGCUCGGCCUCGUGGCUCACCUUUGCCACCAGGAACGCCAUGCCCGUAUCGACCACCCACACCACCGUCGGCUCCGUCAUUGGCGUCGGCAUCGCCGCCGCCGGCACGGGCGCCGGUGUCCAGUGGGGCUGGGACGGCGUCGCCUCGAUCUUUGCCUCGUGGGCCAUCGCACCCUGCGUCGCCGGCGGUUUCGCGGCCAUCACGUUCCUCUUCACCAAAUUUGUCGUGCUGCGCUCCAAGAACCCCGUCAAGAUUGGCCUCAUCACCGCCCCCUUUUACUUCUUCGCCGUCGGCUGCAUCCUGACCGCCGCCGUCAUCGUCAAGGGCUCGCCCUCGCUCAACCUCGACGACCUGCCCGACACCACCCUCGCCCCCGCCAUCAUCCUCACGGGUGUCGGCGUCGCCGGCAUCGCCAUCACCUUCUGGCUGCCGUACGUGUACAGCAAGGUCGUCAAGGGCGACUACACGCUCAAGUGGUACCACAUGUUCAUGGGCCCGCUGCUCUGGAGGCGAGCCGCGCCCGCCGACGCCGUCACCGCCGACAUGGCUGUGCCCGACUACCGCGUCCACGACUUUGACCACCUCAAGGAGCAGGCCAACCCCGUCGCCGACCGCACCGACGUCGAGGCUAGCGCCACUGAGCCCUCGGGCAACAGCGUCAGCGGCAGCGAAAAGGAGAUCUCGCCCGCCGACGAGCCCGCGGCGCACCCGUCGCAGCUGGCCAAGGUCGAGGCCGACCUGGCCCGCGACAGCAACGACGGCGUCAUCUCCGGCCGCCCCACCCCUCCCAAGUACCGCACCUUUGACGGCAACCCGCUCGAGCCUUGGAACCUUUACACCAUCUUCCGCUACAACGCGCUGCCUUGGCUCUGGUACCAGCUCAGCGCCGGCCUGCGCACCGACAUCCACGCCGUCCAGGCGGCGGGCAGCGCCAAGGAGCAGCUCAAGCUCAAGCAAAUGCACGACGUGGCAGAGCAGUACGACAACAAGGUCGAGCACCUCUUCUCGUUCAUGCAGGUCAUGACCGCCUGCACCAUGUCGUUCUCGCACGGCGCCGGCGACGUCAGCAACAGCGUCGGCCCGCUCGCCGCCGUCUACUACGUCUGGUCGACGAGCCUGUUCCCCUCGGACAAGGCCGACGUCCCCGUCUGGAUCCUCGCCUUUGGCGGUAUCGGCAUCGUGCUCGGCCUGGGCAUCCAGGGGUGGCGCCUCAUGUCGGUGCUGGGCAACCGUCUGACGAUGCACUCGCCCUCGCGCGGCUUCUCGAUGGAGUUUGGUGCGUCGAUCACCGUCGUCGUCGCUGCGCUCCUCGGCCUGCCCGUCUCGUCGACCCAGUCCAUCACCGGAGCCACGCUGGCCGUGUCGCUGUGCGAGGGCAACAUUCGCAGCUUCAACUGGCGCAUGCUCGGCUGGAUCUUCUUCUCCUGGGUCCUGACGCUGCCCAUCGCCGGCCUCAUCUCCGGAUGCCUCUUCGCCAUCAUCCUCAACGCUCCCAGCUGGUUCACGCCCCCGCCCGUCCUCUGA